GAGAGAGAGAGAGAGACACUUCCCAUGAGAAAGUAGUUAAAUUAAUUAAGAAAUAUCACAAAACACACACACACGCACGCUCACGCUCACGCUCACACACACACACACACACACACACACACACACACACACACACACACACACACACACACACACACACACACACAGUUCAGUAACUCAUUCGGAUUACAUUUCUGACGCCAAACGUCAUCGACUCGAAAAUCAGGAAGACAUAAAGAAGGACCGAGUGGAGUUUUAGUUUUUGUGGAUCUACAGCAGUGUGAGGAACCUGCGAGACGACAUGUCGAGGUCUGACUUCCCCCCGGGCUACGACGAGUCGCGGCUACUUUCGAAUCAUCCAGCAGGAGGUCCACAGCCUUCUGCACCUCCUCCAGCCUACGAUUUCUCACCGUAUGGAGGUCCUCAACAACCGGGACCCUUCCCCGGAGCUCCGUACUCCCAGCCUUCUGCUCCUUACCCGGGGCAGCCUGGAAUGUACCCCGCACAGCCAGGACUACCUGGUCAAGGAUACCCAGCAUAUACAGGGCAACCCGCUCACGGAUACCCCGCUCAGCCAGGGCAACCCGCUUACGGAUACCCCGCUCAGCCAGGGCAACCUGCUCACGGAUACCCACCAACGAUGCCACCCAUAAUCCCACCAAUUCUUCCCAUCUCUGACUCAGGUGACGACGGCUUCACGACGACUGCAGGAUGGGACAGCGUGAGCGUGCGGCAUGCUUUCAUUCGCAAAGUCUAUCUGAUACUCGCAGCUCAGCUCCUCGUCACAUUCGGCAUCGUCGCUGUUUUCACGUUUGUACAACCAGUUCGGAGUUUUGUUGUAAAGAACCCAGCGAUCUACUGGGCUUCAUAUGCUGUCUACAUCGUCACACACAUCGUGCUGGUCUGCUGUAAAGGACCCAGGAGGCGUUUUCCCUGGAACGUUAUCUUGCUCGCCCUCUUUACUCUGGCUUUGUCCUAUAUGACCGGCACAAUAUCCAGUUAUUAUGACACCAAGUCUGUGUUCCUGGCGCUGGGAAUCACCGCAGUCGUCUGCAUUGCCGUGACCGUCUUCUGCUUCCAGACAAAGGUGGAUUUCACCAAAUGCACAGGUCUUUUCUGCGUCCUGGGGAUCGUCGUAUUCGUGACGGGAAUCAUCACCGUGAUCGUGCUGUCAUUUAAAUACAUCCCGUGGCUUCACAUGCUCUAUGCUGCUAUUGGAGCGAUCGUGUUCACUCUGUUCCUGGCCUAUCACACGCAGCUCCUCAUCGGGAACAGGAAGCACUCGAUAAAUCCCGAGGAGUACGUCUUCGCCGCUCUGUCCAUCUACGUGGACGUCAUCCAGAUCUUCCUUUUCAUCCUGCAAAUCAUCGGAGCUUCUCAGAGAUAAGAGUCGUCAGACGUGCUUCCGUACUCGUAUCUGACAGCAGACAUAAAUGUGAUCUCGAGGCUUCUUCUAACAUCGGGACAGAAGCUCCGGAAGGAAAAGUGUUGAAUUUAGGACGACGGUUUGCUCCAUUUUAAUUUUAGGUUUACAGGCUGGAAAUAUUUUACACACACGAUAUUAAUUAUCUUUUGAUAUGAGCUGGAAUUUUAUUUGUACUAAUAAUAAAUCUAAUGUUGAUUUCAUACACAUCUCUAUACAGAUUUAACUUAUUAUUAUUAUUAUUAUUAUUAUUAUUAUUAUUAUUAAACGAUAGAAGCACUGUAGAGGAAAUUACUAUUCAAAUGAUUCAGAUUUAGAAUUAUGUUACAAGAAAUAUCGGCACCCUUAGCACAAUAGCAAAUAGAAUUUAAACCUUCUCUAGACAUGUUUAUAGAAUAUAUGUUUAAAAUAUUGAGAGAGCAAAUGAAUGAUGCCUACAUAGUAAUGUGCAUGAUCUCUUGUUCUGCUCCUGUUUUCUACAGUUGAGUUAUAUAUAUAUAUAUAUAUAUAUAUUAUAUAAACAAAACAGUGACACUUUUACUUUUUGCAUGUUAAGAAAUUCUGGUUUUUAUUCGAUAAAUCAUCAUGAAACACACAAAACUUUGCACUUAGCUGUGUGUAACACAGACUACAACUAAAUAAAAGCUAUCUUACGCCUUUACGUCUGCGCCGUGUCAUAAGGAUGGGCGAUAUGCUGAAAAUAUCGUAUCAUGAUACCUAUGUUUAACUAACAACGUCAAAACAAAAAAAAAACAAAACAAAAACAGUGGUGUUCAAAAUCAAACAAUAAUGAAUGACAUUUAAUCAGAGAAAUCAAAUUCUCACAUCAUUGUACCACAGCUCUUAUAUGUGCUACUGUUUAUUUAUAUGUGUGUGCGUGCACAGGGGUGCCAAUAGUUUUGCACCUUCCUCUCAUAUUUGUCAAUUUAAGCAACUUUAUAUAAACGUUUGUAAAUAAAAGAGACUUAUACAUCCAA